AUGGCAGAUAACCACGGAGGAGUCCUCCACCGGGAGCUUUUCCACCACAAGCCGGGAAUCCAGCUCAAGCUCAACGUCCGGCAAGACAAAUCGGAGCUGGCGAUAUUCCGACGAUUCCAGCGAAUCGUCCCGGCAUUACCCCACCACCAAUCAACAACGUCACUGAGGAUGCUCUUAAGCUCCGAUUGUUCCCUUCUCUUUGAGUGGACACGCACUAGCUUGGGAGUCUUCAAUCCAACCUGGAACCGUGACAACUUGGGAACAAUGCAAGCAUGCCUUUCUUGCGAAUUCUUCCCCACGUCAAGAACUGCUCAGCUAAGGAACAACAUUGCGAGUUUCACUCAACAAACCGGUGAAACAUUCUCAGAGGCAUAUGAGCGAUUCAAGGGAUAUCAAAUGAAGUGUCCUCAUCACGGCUUCUCCAAAGAGAACUUACUAAGCACAUUAGAUGGGCUCGCUUUGGUGGAGAAUGUUGCUCUUAGUGAUGGAAACUAUCCAGAGGAGUAUGAUCGAAGUGAUAGAGGAGAUAGCUCAGUCAAUGAUGAGAAGCACAAGAAGGAGAUCAAAACAUUGAAUGACAAGCUUGACAAGAUCUUGACUGGCCAACAAAAGCAAGUUCACUUUGUUUGUGAGGAUGAUGUGAACCAAGAGGGGGAGGACCAACAAACUGAGGAAGUGUGCUAUAUGAGUAAUCAGGGAGCUAAGAGCCACAACAUACCUUCCUCUUCAAAGGGAAUGCUUCCUGGAAAAGCAAUCGCAAACCCAAAGGAGUAUGUGCAAGCAAUUACUCUUAAGAGUGGGAGAGUUCUUCCGGAGAGAGUGGUACCAUCAAGAAGCAACGAGGACGUUGCGAUUCAAGAGGAGGAGGAGUCAGUCGACAUUGAAGCUGAGGAGAGGUUGAGAAAGAGUCAGUAG